GACGACGCGCACCACACACACCGUCUUUUACGCGGCUGAUACACUCAUUCAGUACACGACCGAGCAGCGAGCCGGCAGCUCGCUCAUAUACAGCUUGUAAGCAAAGCUCGUGCGCGAACUCCAAGCUCCUUUUUCCUGUAUACUCCUAUCUCCUACUUCUUCUUCUUCUUUUUUUUUCCCCCUCGUCGUCGUCUCUCUAUCUCGUAUUUACUUUUUUUUGAAUAAAAUAUAUAUAUAUAUAUAUAUUUUGGCCACGAGUUGACCCGGGCACAGAGAGAGAAAUAGAGUCAGUCGGGUUUCGAGAUCGAACGGAAGAGCACACGAGUCUCAAGAGCCAUAAGAGCAGCAGCAGCAGCAGCAGACACAAGCAGCAGUCAUGUGGCGGUGGUGCUGAUAUUACACAGCGCAGGACCAAGACAGGAUAUUCGCCCCCUGAUGCGUGAUUUUUUUUUUUGCGGGAUAUAGUGCGAGUGGAAUUUUUUUUUUUGUACCUGGAUAUUCCAUCGCCGUGAAGAUUUUCCACGCGAAGGAGUAAAAAAAGAGUAAUCUCAACCAACAACAGCUGAACCGAAGAAACCAACGACGCGAUGUCGAAAGUCGGUGACAACCUGCGCGGCAGCGUCAAGAGCCUCAAGAGCUUGAAGAGCAACAACGCGGCCAAAGACGAGGACGUCGAGGAGAAUGGCAAAUCCGUCGCGGCAGCCAACGACACCGGCGAGAUCAAGCUCGAGGCCAAGAUGACCCUGCUGAACGGCUGCACGGUGAUCGUCGGCUCGAUCAUCGGCUCGGGCAUCUUCGUCUCGCCCACCGGGGUCAUCAAGAACACGGGCAGCGUCAAUCUGGCCCUCGUCGUCUGGAUCGCCUCGGGCGUAUUCUCGAUGAUCGGCGCCUACUGCUACGCCGAGCUCGGCUGCAUGAUCAAGAAAUCCGGGGCGGAUUACGCCUACAUCAUGGAGACGUUCGGGCCGUUCAUGGCGUUCAUUAGACUGUGGAUCGAGUGCAUGAUCGUGCGGCCCUGCAGUCAGGCCAUCGUCGCGCUCACUUUUAGCACCUACGUGCUGAAGCCGCUGUUCCCCGAGUGCGAUCCGCCCGUCUCGGCCAGCACGAUGCUGGCUAUCUGCUGCAUUUGUCUGCUGGCCUUCGUCAACUGUUACAACGUGCAAUGGGCGACCCGAGUCCAGGACAUCUUCACCUACGCGAAACUUUUGGCCCUGUUCAUCAUCAUCGGCGCCGGUGUCUAUCAGCUCUGCAACCACCAGACGCAGCACUUCACGUGGGAGAACACGACCACCGACGUGACGCAGAUAGCGCUGAGCUUCUAUUCGGGCCUGUUCGCUUACAACGGAUGGAAUUACCUCAACUUCAUCAUCGAGGAGAUGAAAAAUCCCGUCAGAGAUCUGCCACGAGCCAUCGGCAUCUCGUGCAUAUUGGUGACGAUCGUCUACGUGUUCACCAACGUCGCGUUCUACACGACUCUCAGCCCACAGGAGGUCAUAAAUAGCGAGGCGGUCGCCGUCACUUUCGCCAAUCGUCUGUUCGGCCCGAUGGCCUGGAUCAUCCCGGUCUUCGUCUCGCUGUCCACGUUCGGCGCCGUGAACGGCAUCCUGCUCACCUCGUCGCGCCUCUUCUACGCCGGCGCCUGCGAGAGACAGAUGCCGGAAAUUCUGACGAUGAUACAGACCUCGAAGAAGACGCCCACGCCCGCCGUCAUUUGCAUGGCUUUACUGUCUAUGGUGUACCUGCUAGCCCCCAAUAUCGAGGCACUCAUUAACUACGUCGGAUUUGCUUGCUGGUUGAGCAUCGGCGGAUCGGUAUUCUGCAUUCCCUGGCUCAGAUGGAAGCAGCCCAAUCUGCCCAGACCGAUCAAAGUGAACCUCAUCUUCCCCGUGAUCUACAUCAUCUGCACGAUCUUCGUCGUCGUCGUGCCGAUGAUUCGCGAGCCGGUACAAACAGGAAUCGGUUGCCUGAUGAUUCUCUCGGCUGUGCCGGUCUACUUCGUCUUCAUCGCGUGGAAAAACAAGCCCAAAUGCGUGCAAAACUUCUUCGAAUCGUUCACCCGUGUCUCGCAGAAACUCAUGGUUGUCGUCGGACCCAAAUCUCAGUAAGCUGUACGAGAUUUCUGCAGAAGAUAAUGAUGGUGGUGGGCGCCGCCAGCAAGCCCGCGCAACUUUAAAGAAAAGAAGACAGAGAGAAACAAACAAAACAUACAAAAGAAGAAGUGAGAGAGAGAGAGAGCCUAUUAUCGAUUUCAAAAAAGUUAUGAUACAAAACAACGAUCGACGCGAAAGCUUUUGACAAGCUUUUAUUUUUUUGGAUGAAGAGGAGGAGAAUAAAUAAUAAAUGCAGCCAAGUCGCCCGACGGUUUUCCCGCGUGUAUAUGGCAGCCAUCGGUAUAUAUAUACGAGAACGACGGACGACUGCGUUUUAAUAGGCAUAUCUUUCGAUUAGUUGCAAUUAAAAGAAGAAGAUUAAUAAUAAUAAUAAUAAUAAAAAGCAAAGCAUGAGAAAAAAAAAAUUAAAAAUUCCACACUCAAAGUUAACGUAUUUGAUUUUUGUGAAAUUAGAUGUGUACAUAUUAUAAAAGGAAAGAAAAAACGCUUACGCCCGAGCAGAAACGACGAUUACGGCGUAAGAGAGUCUUAUAUUGGCCUGUUAUUCGCGUGUCUUGGCAAUCGUUGAAGAUAAAAUAUAUAUUAUAUAUUUUACAUGUGUAUUAUAAAGUCUAAUGAUACGGUGUAUUUUUGUCGAUAAAUCGAUUGCGACGAUCUGAAACAGAAAGAAAAAAUGUAUAAAAAUAAAUAUAAUUGAAUCUUUACGCCGAGACGCGCGAACGAUCGAAAAGGAUUAGCAAAUAUUAUUGUUGCGGCAAUACGCGAAAUAAAAAAAAACAACAACAUCUCCUCGUCGCAAUGCGCUGGACAGUAAUCGUAUUGUGCACCGGAGAUAGAGAGUUACACGUCGCGUGAAAAAUCGAGAUGAAAAAAAAUGAAUAAAUAAAAAAGAUUACGACUAGUUUUUUUGUAAAAAAAUGUUGAAUGGUCUUACGAGAUCUUGAGGAUGUAAGAAGAAAAAAAAAAUUGUUCUAUUUUUCAACGAUCUCUCGUGUGUUUUAUCCGUGUUAUCGUCGAGGUUUUAAGAAAAAAAAAAA